GUGGUGUUUGGACAGGGGGCACCUGGGCACUGGGCCCUGUGGCCAGGGUGGGGUUGCAUCUGAGAGGGGAAGUGACGCUGAGGCAGGUAGGGAGGCCGGUAGGGAGGUGGGGGCGCUCCAGGCUCCUGUGAGGACAAGGAACCGAAAGAGGCACAGAGGAGGGGCCGGAAGUGGGGGUGUGCCCACAGGGCCUCCAGACCUGAGGCCGAGCAGCAGGAGGGCCCCCAGGUUUGCAUUUUUAGAUCACGCUGGGGCAGUGUGGAGAAUGUGAAGGCCUCUAGCUCCGCUCUGUGCCGGUUUGUCCUCAGUAGAGAAAAUCUGGGGAAUAGCACGUCCCACCUCGCCAGCCACGGCUGAUACUCCGACGUAUAGAGAGUCUGAUCUGUAAAACGGUGUCUCAUCGUGGGUACCGUACCCUCGAGUUUUUCAGAACACAGUAAACCAUUGCAACAGCCCCGAGUAUGGAGAUAACGUCCGUGUGGGGAGCUUGGAGCCGAGUUUCACGGCAGCUGACCUCUGCCCUCGGACGCACAGGGUCGGGCAGAGGGCACUUUCCCCGGCGAUGAGCUUUGCUUCUCCCACCUGUCUGAUUACCGCGUGGGCUUCGGCUGCGGUCCUUGGCAGAGUCCGUAGAACGGCAACACCAAGACUUCCAAAUGAACAACCGAAAGGAAGACAUGGAAAUCGCGUCCCACUACCGGCAGCUGCUCCGCGAGCUCAACGAGCAGAGGCAGCACGGCGUCCUGUGUGACGUCUGCGUCGUAGUUGAGGGCAAGGUCUUCAAGGCACACAAGAAUGUCCUGCUCGGCAGUAGCCGUUACUUCAAGACGCUUUACUGCCAGGUGCAGAAGACGUCCGACCAGGCCACGGUCACGCACCUGGACAUCGUCACGGCCCAGGGCUUCAAGGCCAUCAUCGACUUCAUGUACUCUGCCCACCUGGCCCUCACCAGCAGGAACGUCAUCGAGGUGAUGUCCGCGGCCAGCUUCCUGCAGAUGACGGACAUCGUGCAGGCCUGUCACGACUUCAUCAAGGCCGCCCUGGACAUCAGCAUCAAGCCGGAUGCCUCGGACGAGCUUUCCGAGUUUGAGAUCAGUGGCCCGCCCGGCAGCAGCACGGACGCGCUGAUCUCGGCCGUGAUGGCCGGAAGGAGCAUCUCCCCGUGGUUGGCUCGGCGCACGAGUCCUGCCAACUCUUCCGGAGACUCGGCCAUCGCCAGCUGCCACGAGGGAGGAAGCAGCUACGGGAAGGAGGACCAGGAGCCCAAGGCCGACGGUCCCGAGGACAUCUCUUCGCAGUCGCUGUGGCCUGGCGACGUGGGCUACGGGUCUCUGCGUGUCAAGGAAGAGCAGAUUUCACCGUCUCAUUACGGAGGGAGUGAGCUGCCUUCCGCCAGGGAUGGUGUGAUACAGAACUCUUUCUCAGAGCAGGCCGGAGGCGAUGGCUGGCAGCCCACGGGUCGCAGGAAGAAUCGGAAAAACAAGGAGACGGUCCGGCAUAUCACACAGCAGGUGGAGGACGAUAGCCGGGCCGGCUCCCCAGUGGCCUCCUUCCUUCCAACGUCUGGGUGGCCGUUCAGCAGCCGAGACUCAAGUGCGGACUUGACUGUCACUGAAGCCGGCAGCUCCGACAGCCGCGGGGAGAGGGCUGAGCUCUUCGGCCACGUGGACGAGGGUCUCCUGGGAGGAGAAGCCAGCUACCUGGGCCCGCCCCUGACGUCCGAGAAGGAGGAAGCUCUGCACCAGGCCACCGCCGUGGCCAACCUGCGGGCGGCCCUCCUGAGCAAGAACAGCUUGCUGUCUCUCAAGGCGGACGUGCUGGGGGACGACAGCUCCCUGCUGCUGGACUACCUGCCCAAAGGUGCCCACUCCCUGUCCCUCAACGAGUUCACGGUGAUCAGGAAGAAAUUCAAGUGCCCCUACUGCAGCUUCUCGGCCAUGCACCAGUGCAUCCUCAAGCGGCACAUGCGCUCCCACACGGGGGAGCGGCCCUACCCCUGCGAGAUCUGCGGCAAGAAGUUCACACGGCGGGAGCACAUGAAGCGGCACACGCUGGUCCACAGCAAGGACAAGAAGUACGUGUGCAAGUUGUGCAGCCGCGUGUUUAUGUCAGCCGCCAGCGUGGGCAUCAAGCACGGUUCACGGCGCCAUGGUGUAUGUGCCGACUGCGCGGGCCGAGGCGUGGCCGGGCCCCUGGAUGGCGGUGGCACUGAGGGCUCCCCUGAGCUGUUCCCUGGUGAUGGGCCCUACCUGGAGGACCCCGACGACCCGCGGGGGGAGGGCGAGGAGGAGCUGUGUGAGGACGAGGAUGAGGUGGGCCUGGCCCACGAGGACGCGCUGCUGGCGGCUGAGAAGGAGGACGAGGACUCGCCGCGGGGACCCGGCAGCCCCCCGGGGGCGCCCGACAAGGACUUCUCCUGGAUCUCCUAGGUCUCGGGCUGGGGGCGGGGGUCGUGGCAGAGCCACCCCUCCACUGUGCGUGUGCGUGCGUGUGUGCGUGUAUGCGUGUGUGUGUGCGUGUGUACGUGUGUUCCCCUAGGAAGGGUUCUGCUCUCGCCUGGGGCCAGGCCAUGCUGACCCCCCUUUAUCCUGCCCCUGCCCGCCAGACACACGCACAGAAACCGGCCCCGCGGGCUCCGAAGCAGGCAUGACCCCAGCAAGUAAGGGCUCCGGGACCGAACAGGACGUUGGGGGCACAGGGUGGGUUUGAGCAGAGGGAGAGCACACGUUCCCUCAUGUCUGCGGGGACAAAGGGAGGGUCCCCAGCAGGUACGUGUAGAUAGGGCAUCAAGGGAGCCCGUGUGGCCAGCCUGGCCUCGGGAUGCACGAUGGCCCGAUGGCCAGGUCGAGGUCAGGGCUGGUCGGGGUCAUGAGCGUGGUUCCUGAGGCCACUGGUCCGAGGGAUGUUAAGGAAAGUGUUGCAUACAUCCGAUGUCCAGUGCUGGAGUCUCCCCCCGCCCCCUGCUCUGCUCCCCCUUUCUCAGCAGCCUGGUCACUGCCUGUGGCCACCACUGCAGCCUUCCGCCGCUGUCGUGGCAGCCUGCAGAAUCCAGGUCCAGUGUACAGAAAGCCCCGUGGCCCUCCUGCCUCUGGGCUUUGGUGCUUCACACAACACAGCUGCAGAAGCCCCUGCAGGGGCCGAGGACUCCCAGGUGCUAUCUUCCAGUGGAGGCAGCCAGGUGGGGGCCGACGUGCCACGCUCCUUUGGUGCAGGGCUCAGCGCUCCCCACUGCUGGCCACUCAGGUCUCUUUGGGGCGCCUGGGCUCUUUGUUCCGCGUGCACUUCCUUGGGGAGCCCGGGGGCGGCCCCGUCCCCUCGGCUCUGCCGUCCUUCGUGCCCAGGCCACUCCUGCUGACCCCUCCUGGGCGCCCUUGCCUUGUUGCUGCUAACACUGGAGGUGGUGACCCUGACUGCCGUGUGCUGCUCACCUCUCCCCACGUGGGUAACCAAACUUUUUAAGUCAUCAGAGACGUAUCUGAGGUAGUUACAUACAAUUAUUUGUUUGGCAUUAUUUUUCCGACGUGACGAAACCUAGCGCUGUCUUUCCUUUAGCUUGUCAGUCCUUCUGUUGUCUUUGUUGAGGAGCUCACCGCCUCUUUACGACUCUGGUUUUUUCUGAGUGGAAAGCAAGGGCCCUGCGGUGAGGACCCUGCCUGGGGCCGCAGGACCCGCACUGGUCUGUCCCCUUCCCCGGUAAGGCUGUUCCCGACCUCACUUCACUACUCAGACAUUCCGUCCUGCGCCCGCACGGCUCGGGGGCAGGCAGGGCCCCUUGCACACGGGCUCCUCGGCUCAGCACGAGCCCCGCUGAAGACAGUGUUCUCACAUUCUCUUUUCCACGACCAGGCUGUAGUCGUCGUGUCACAGCUAUUCUUUUUAGGUGGAAAAAGGAGAAUCCCACAAGCCCCUAAUUUAGGUUCCGGUGGCGGCCUGGAGCGCUUGGCUCCGCGGCUGCUGUGGGGACGUGGGGAGCCCUCGUGGGCUGCGCUGCCCGCUCUUCCUGACACUGGGGGGAGGGGGGCAAGGCCAGUGCGAGGGGCUCUGGGACACACUUCCCUUGCUGCCUUCACCAGUGAGGCCCCGGGCUGCACCCCUCCCAGGGCCCUCCGAACUGUGUACCUCCCCGACUUUCUGACCCCUUUUCUAAACAGACCUACUUUCUUAUAAAUGUAUUUGGAAACCAGACCUUUGCUGCCAACAGUGUCUCUGGGUUUUGUACUGGUCCCACUGCUCAGGCCGUCCUGCCCACGCCCUGGGCCACCUCUGCCUCCGCACUCAGGACAUCUCGCUCUUUCUGACCCGCUCGCUCCCUGCUCUGGACCACCCUUGCUGACCUUUCUGGGGGGUCUCUGUCAGUGCCACAGGGGCAUUCUCUUCCUUAAAACCAAUACUGUACUGGAAAACCAAGGGCCCCACUCCUGCCCCCCAAGCUCGCCAGGCGUGUGCUGCGCAGGCUCGCCCUCCCACGCAGCUUGCCGCCGAUGGAGCCGGACGCAUCCCCUCUCAGGAGGCGUGGAGGGAAAAGACGUGUAAUGAAGGGUUUUUUUACGUGACUGGUUUUUUUUUUUAAAUCAAUGUUUAAACUAAUAAAUAUUUUUUUAUGAAGAGGAAAAAAAUGUGUAGAUUACAUUUCACGUUUUGUACUUUUUUGUUUGUGUCUGUCUGUAUUUUGGUGUUUGCAACACCAAAGUGGAAAAUGCAGUCCAUUGAGUGGUGAGUUCUUCGGGGUGGGGGGCAGGGAGCCCGUAUGACUUUUGUAUCAAGCUCUGGAUCCUGACCAGGUUGUGUAUUUGGACUCUGGGUUUUGGGGAACAGUCAUAACACUGCCAGGACUGAAUAGGGACCUCGACUCAAGAGACACGGCUACUCCUUCCAACUUUGCACAUCUUCCUUUUUAAAAACGAAUCUCUGAGAAAAUGCAGAAACUGGAACUUUUUGCAAUAUGAUGAAAGAUAAUCUUAUUUUCGCUCAUUCUGUGUGACAUGUGCAACGCUUAAGAAAGCCAUACUUGUUGUUUUUAUUUUUUAGAUUCUAUAUUGUGUUUUGUAUGUGGCCCUUUCAGAACUACUCGUAGUGAGGGUGCUGUGUGUGCUUUUCUUAAAUAUUUAUUUUUUCAACAUGCUUUCAACCUGUCAACAAAAACAAAAAACAGACAAAAAAGGGCAGUGUUUGAAAAUUGGUUUUUUUUCCCCUUGGGGAUAAUCUAUAUUAUAUCAACUUUAUAAUAUCAUAAA